AUGCCCGGGAGUCCCAGCGCAUUCCGCAGUAACUCCCCAGCUCCGGCGGUCCUGGCUCCGCUCCUCUCGCCCGCGGGACUCGUAGCCCGGGGUCCGGGAGGAUGCGGGGUCCGGGCCGCAGGUGUCCCGGGCGAUGCCUCCUCCCUGGACCGGGCCGACCAGCCGGCGGCGGGCGCGCUCAUUUAUAACAGCUUUGCUCAGUUCCUAGUCAAGGAGAAAGGGUACGAUAAGGAAUUGCUCACUGUGACUCCUGAGGAUUGGGAUUUCUGUUGCAAAGGUUUAGUAUUGGAUCUGGAAGAUGGAACCUUCAUUAAACUUGCAGAUAAUGGCACUGUGCUCAGGGCAAGCCAUGGCACCAAGAUGAUGGAUCCAGAGGUGCUGGCAGAGACAUAUGGCAAGAAGGAGUGGAAGCACUUUGUGCUGGACACAGGCAUGCCUUGCCGCUCAGGAAAAUACUAUUUUUAUGAUAACUACUUUGACCUGCCGGGAGCUCUUCUUUGUGCCAGAGUGGUGGACUCUUUAACAAAGCAGAACAGUGGUCAAAAAGCAUUUGAUUUUUGGAAGGAUAUAGUUGCUGGUAUACAACACAAUUUUAAAAUGUCAGCUUUUAAGGAAAACUGUGGACUAUAUUUUCCCGAAAUUAAAAGAGACCCAGGCCGAUAUUUGCACAGUUGUCCAGAAUCUGUAAGAAAAUGGCUUCGACAACUUAAGAAUGCUGGGAAAAUUCUGUUGCUGAUCACCAGUUCUCACAGUGAUUACUGUAGACUUCUGUGCAAGUAUAUCCUUGGAGAUGAUUUUGCUGACCUUUUCGACGUUGUAAUUACAAAUGCAUUGAAGCCUGGCUUCUUCUCCCAUUGCCCGAGUCAAAGGCCUUUCCACACACUUGAGAAUGAUGAGGAGCAGGAGGCGCUGCCAGGUCUGGAUAAACCUGGAUGGUACUCCCAAGGGAAUGCUGUCCAUCUUUAUGACCUUCUGAAGAAAAUGACAGGCAAAGCUGAACCCAAGGUGGUUUACUUCGGUGACAGCAUGCAUUCAGAUGUGUUUCCAGCCCGUCACUAUAGCAACUGGGAGACAGUCCUCAUUCUCGAGGAGCUCCGAGGGGAGGAAGGUGGGAAGCCUGAGGAUUCAGAGCCUCUGCAGAAGAGAGGAAAAUAUGAGAGACCAAAGGCAAAGCCUCUAAAUACUUUAUCUAAUAAGUGGGGCUCUUUUUUCAUUGACUCAAUUUCGGGACAGGAAAAUUCCGAAGACUCCUUGGUUUAUACCUGGUCUUCUAAGAGAAUCAGUACUUACAGCACAAUCGCCAUUCCAAGUAUUGAAGCCAUUGCAGAACUACCCCUGGACUACAAAUUUACAAGAUUCUCUUCAAACAAUUCAAAAACAGCUGGCUACUAUCCAUUGGUUCGUUAGCCUUUUGGUUCACUGCACCAGUAUUCGUAUUCAAUGAUAAGACACUAAAUUGUCUUUCCCAAAAAAAGUGAAGAACUUCUAUGCAGCAAAUAUACUGUAAAAAUGUUUUCAGAAAUAUUGUAAAAUUCUUUAUAGGAACAAGUUUUUAAUGAAAAUUGAUGCAAAAAUUGGUAUUUAGAAAAUACAUCUCCUUUUAUAUAAAUCA